ACCCGUCAAACCCAUCUUCUUCUUCUCCAUCGUCCACCUUAUAAAUCUUUUUUUACCCCAAAAGAAAAAAAAAACUCUUCCUUUACACAAAAUAGAUAUUUCGAGACAACAAAAAAAGUCUCGAUUUUUUCUUCUUUUCCGAGGAAUGCUCGUUGAACCCUUCCUAGAUCGUGUGAUUUAGAAUCGAGGGUUUUCUUCUGAUUCGUAAAAUCUUUUGUCUUUUGGUGAAAAAAUGGAGCAGAAGAGCGUAUUGUUGUCAGCUUUAGGAGUUGGUGUUGGGUUAGGGAUUGGUUUAGCAUCAGGUCAAAGUUUGGGAAGAUGGGCAAACGGGUCGGGUUCUGUUGAAGAUGGACUCACCGGAGAACAGAUUGAGCAAGAGUUGAUGAGACAAAUUGUUGAUGGUAGAGAGAGUACUGUCACUUUUGAUGAGUUUCCGUAUUUCUUAAGCAAGAGAACUCGAGUAUUAUUGACAAGUGCAGCUUAUGUUCAUCUAAAAGAGUAUGAUAUAUCGAAGCACACUCGGAAUCUUGCACCUGCGAGUAAAGCCAUUCUUCUUUCCGGACCUGCGGAGUUUUAUCAGCAAAUGCUUGCAAAAGCUUUGUCUCAUUACUUUGAAUCAAAGCUAUUGUUGUUAGAUAUAACUGAUUUCUCUAUUAAGAUACAGAGUAAAUAUGGAUGCACCAAGAGAGAACCUUUUCACAAGAGGUCUAUUUCUGAGUUAACACUAGACAAAAUGUCGAGUUUGAUGGGUUCUUUCUCUAUGCUCUCUCAACGUGAAGUUGAACCAAGAGGGACAUUGCGUCGACACACCAGUGGAAAUGAUCUUAAAUCAAGGAGUAUUGAGAGCUCUAAUCGUCCUCCAAGACACAAGAGAAAUGCUUCUGCUGCUUCUGAUAUCAGUAGUAUGUCUUCCCGCUCUUCAAGUUCUGUUUCAGCUUCCAGCAGACGCAGUACAAAUCUAUGUUUCGACGAGAAACUUUUCCUGCAGUCACUUUACAAGGUCUUGGUGUCUGUAUCGGAAACAACUCCGCUAAUAAUAUACUUGAGAGAUGUUGAGAAGCUUCUUGAGUCAGAAAGAUUCUACAAGUUGUUCCAGAGGCUCUUGAACAAGCUCUCUGGUCCUGUCUUGAUUCUUGGCUCAAGAGUAUUAGAACCCGAAGAUGAUUGCCAAGAAGUAGGCGAAGGGAUUUCCGCUCUAUUUCCUUACAACAUCGAGAUCAGACCACCAGAGGAUGAAUCACAGCUCGUGAGCUGGAAAUCUCGGUUAGAAGAUGACAUGAAAAUGAUUCAAUUUCAAGACAACAAGAACCACAUUGCAGAGGUUCUUGCUGCUAAUGAUAUCCAAUGCGAUGACUUAGCUUCAAUAUGCCACGCAGAUACAAUGUGUUUGAGUAACCACAUUGAGGAAAUUGUGGUUUCUGCAAUCACUUAUCAUUUGAUACACACUAAAGAACCGGAAUACAGAAACGGAAAGCUUGUAAUAUCUUCCAAAAGUUUGUCUCAUGGACUUGGUAUAUUCCAAGAAGGUGGAAACAGAUCAUUCGAAGACUCCUUGAAGCUAGACACAAAUACUGACUCUAAGCGAAAAGAAGGAGAAGUAUGUUCAAAGAGUGAGUCAAAAUCUGGUCCUGAAAACAAAAACGAGUCAGAAAUAUCGCUUCCUUCGAACAAGAAUGACAAUCCAUUGCCUCCAAAAGCGCCUGAGGUUAUUCCUGAUAAUGAGUUUGAGAAGCGUAUAAGACCAGAAGUUAUACCAGCAAAUGAGAUUGGUGUGACAUUUGCAGAUAUUGGUUCUCUAGACGAAACAAAAGAUUCGCUUCAAGAACUUGUAAUGCUUCCACUUCGAAGACCGGAUCUCUUUCAAGGCGGUCUUCUCAAGCCAUGUAGAGGAAUCCUAUUAUUUGGUCCACCAGGUACUGGCAAAACAAUGCUUGCAAAAGCAAUUGCAAAUGAAGCUGGAGCUAGUUUCAUCAAUGUCUCUAUGUCUACAAUCACUUCGAAAUGGUUUGGAGAAGACGAGAAAAACGUGAGAGCUCUGUUUACUUUAGCAGCUAAAGUAUCUCCAACGAUUAUAUUCGUGGAUGAAGUUGAUAGUAUGUUGGGACAAAGGACAAGAGUUGGAGAGCAUGAAGCUAUGAGGAAGAUUAAGAAUGAGUUUAUGACGCAUUGGGAUGGGCUAAUGACGAAACCCGGUGAAAGGAUUCUCGUUCUUGCAGCGACAAACAGACCCUUUGAUCUUGAUGAAGCUAUCAUUAGGAGGUUUGAGCGAAGAAUAAUGGUGGGACUUCCUUCGAUUGAGAGCAGAGAGAAGAUCUUGAGAACAUUGUUGUUGAAAGAGAAAACAGAGAAUCUUGAUUUCCAUGAGCUUGGACAGAUGACAGAAGGCUACAGUGGAAGUGAUCUCAAGAACUUAUGCAUUACAGCUGCGUAUAGACCAGUUAGAGAGCUGAUUCAGCAGGAAAGAUUGAAAGAUCAGGAGAGGAAGAAGAGAGAAGAAGCAGGAAAAAGCACGGAAGAACCAAAAGAAGAAGAAGCAGAAGCUUCUGAGGAGAGAGUUAUUACAUUGAGACCUUUGAACAUGGAAGACAUGAGAAAAGCUAAAAACCAGGUAGCUGCGAGUUUUGCAUCAGAAGGAGCAGGAAUGAAUGAGCUGAAACAAUGGAAUGAUUUGUAUGGAGAAGGAGGCUCAAGGAAAAAAGAACAGCUCACUUACUUCCUCUGAAAUUUGCAAAAAAGUGAAUGUAUGUUUCUUGAUACACAAGAUAUAUAUAUGACAAACAGAUCCGGCAUAUCACAAAGAAAGAGUCUUCAAUUACUUGUUUAGGCCAUUCCAUUUUUAGAUAAUCUUCUUAGGUUCAUCUUAUUCUCUUUCUUUUUUGGGUUUUAUAGAAUUUUCCUCAAAACUGUGAUUUUUUUUAUAUGUUCAUAUUUAUGUCAUUGUGAAUGUGUUAGUUAAUGUAGUAAACAUAUUUAUAUAAAUAUUGUGAUUGUUU